AUCUCACACACACACACGGACACACAGACACACAUACACACACCGAGCAGCAAAAUGGCCGACCGUCAGCCGACUGACUUUCCACCGCUUUAAGGAAAAACGAAGAGAUUCUGCAUAUUUAGUUUACGAUAUCAUACUGCAUUCAUCAGAAUCAAGAGAUUUUUUUUUUCUAAACAAAGGGUAUUUUUCGUUACUGAAUCCUACUCGCCUUUGGGGAAUAUUGUUAUUUCAUUUUUUUUUUUUUUUUUUUUUUUUUUGCCUCGAAUGCCUCGAAACGCCACUCCAGCACUUUACUCCAUGUGUGAUUCCUGAGAAAGGAUUAUCAGGAAAGGGAACAGCGGUUCAUGGAAGACAAGAAAAGGAAGAAAGAAGAUAAACGGAAAAGGGAAGCUUCCCAGAAGGUCGCAGAACAAAAAAACAAAGUGCCAGAAUUGACCAAGCCCACAUCUGCACAGUCUUUGGCCACCCCUGGCGCUGCAUCCCCCAGCCCUGGCCCCGGUCCCUCAUCCUCCCCCUCUCCUGCCGCUGCGGCCGCUGGUGCCCCGUCCCAGGGUGGGAACAAUGCUAAGCGGCCAGCAGUGGCCAACGGACAGCCCCCCGCCGGAGCCCAGGCCACCCAGCGCUACAUGCCCCGCGAAGUGCCCCCCCGAUUCCGCUCCCAGCAGGACCACAAAGUGCUACUGAAGAGGGGCCAGCCACCACUAUCCUGCAUGCUGCUGGCAGGGGGUAACAGUGGGAGUGCCACGUCCCCUCUCUCACUUGGGGACAACCCGAGUACAACAGUAGCUGCUGCCUCAGAGUCUGGUCCUGGGUCAUCAGGUUCGGCUGCUUCCUCGCUGCAUCCCUCUUCCUCCUCAUCGUCAUCAUCAGUCGCUGCUUCUUGUACUAUUUCUUCUUCAAAUUAUGCAAAUUCCACGUGGGGGGCGAGCUCUGGCAGCCAGCCCCUCUCUCAGGGCUGGGAGAAGGUGAUAGUGGAUGGGUCUGACCUUGAGGAAUGGCCCAGCAUUGGAGCUGGGGCUGCAGCGGGCGACGGGGCAGGGGCCACCAGCAGGGCCCCCUGGAGCGACAGACACCUGCACCACAGGGCAGGGAAAAGCGGGCGCCCAGGCACCCCCUCUCCACCAUCAUCCUCCUCUUCACCCAAUGAAUGUGCACAGCUCGGCAGCUCUGCGUGGGGUGGGCUCUCAUCCCAGGCCGUAGUCGGAGGAAGCGUGGCGGGAGUGGGGUCUGUGCCCCCCAGGUCCAAAGCCUCAGCUCAUACUGGGAAUCCUGGUGCCAACUUCAACCCUAACGCCAACCCUUCCGCCUGGCCAGCCCUGGUGCAAGACGGGGCAGCUGCAGCGGAUGGCGGCUCCUCCCCACUUUCAAAUUCAUCAUCUCUGUCUGCUAACCCCUCCCUCGGUCAAACCCCUCCCUCUGGGAAUACAGUUAGUCAUCAGCACCAAGUGAGGGACAGGGAGCCCCUCUGUGGAGACUGGGGUGGCACAAGACUGGAGCAAAGCUUGGGACCAAAAAAAGCUGGGCUGGGGGCAGGAGAUGAAACUGACUGUGGCGGGGGAGGAGGAGGGGAUUUCUCUACCUCUUCAUCGUCCUCUUCGGCUUCCUCUUCGUGCAGAGUCCUUGCACUGUCCUCUAAUCCUAAAACGGGUGCCUCAAGGACUGAUGCUUGGGAGGAUGGGGAAGGAGGUGCUGCAGCUCCUGGGGAGGGUGGAAAUUUGUCUGGUUACAGCAGUCAGGAUGGCAAGGGGGGUGUUGGAGUGGCAGGGGGCAAAGCCUGGGAAGCGGGUCCUGGGAGCAGUUGUAAGGUCUCCGGGGUAUCUCAGGGAGAGUGGGGUGAGGGGGAAGGGGCAGAGCUUUCAAUCGGGGAGUGGGGCAGUUCAGCAGGGGAGGCGGCCACAGGGGGGUCUGGCAAUCUGGUCACAGGGGGCGGCUGCGGUAGCAGCACUAGUGGCAGCAGUAGCGGCGGGAGCAUCGGCAACCCGGCCACCCCUUCUCCCGCUGUAGCUGCGGCGGGAAAUUUUGACAAUCAGAAAGGGGCGGGGGAUGGGGCCUUGUCGGGCGAAUGGGGAGGCCAGGGGAAGCCAGGGGGUAGCGGUACCUCAUCCUCAUGCAGCGGUGGACACUCCAGAGCCAGGGGUGGCACUCAAGGUCAGCACCAUGGCCACACCCACAACCGCUCCCACCAGCCCUCCAAACCCGAAGUGGCCUUACAGAACUUGCUCAGCCGGACUGACUUAGACCCCCGAGUGCUGUCCAACAGCGGGUGGGGCCAGACACAGAUCCGGCAGAAUGUGGCAUGGGACUUGGAAGGAGGCACUGGUGUCGGCUCCACAGGUGGGAACGCUACUGGCCUGGCUGCCACAUACCCUGCGACUACUGAUCCGUCAGCUGCCUCUCGCCUACUGAGUGGACCUCAGAACGCUGGCCUGAAUUCUAAUGUUGCCGCUCUGUCCAAUGGAGAUGGCUGGGACAGUGGUGACAGCAACACCUCUGCCCUUCCGGCCCGGGUUCCCCCGCCCUCCUCUUCCGGAUCACGGAAUCCAAGUGCUGUGCAGAGUGUUUCUUCCGGAGGCAGUGCAGGGGCCUCUGGGAACACAGCCAGCAGCCAGGGAAAGCUCCCUGGGACCUGGGGCGGGGUUGGCCCACCUGAAAGCUUUGGGAAGGGGUGGGGCAGUGAGGGGCAGGACUGGAGGGAGCGUAAAGGAGCGGAGCCAGGCGGCUGGGGCGACUUUGGGCAACAGGGUACUGCGGCGGGUGGAGGGGGCGGUGCCUGGGGAGGCAGUCAGGACGAAAAAGGCACCGGAGGCUGGAAGGACAAGGGAAAGGAAACGGGAGGCUGGGGGCCAAGAGGUGGAGGGGAUUGGGAGAAGCGAGAGGCCAAAGCAGGAAGUGGGGGCUGGGGGGAGGGUAAGGGUAGCGGGUGUGGGGAUUCAGAUGUGGGUAUGUGGAGCAACUGGGAUGAGGGUGGCUCUAGGAGGGGUUGGGAAGUUGGGAGCGGGAACGCACAACCACCUCAGUUGCCAAACAGCCAAGCCUCGGUGCAGCAGCAACAAUCACAAAUCCAGCUGCAGGACACGGGGGCCAUGCUGGGGGGCUGGGGCCGCCCAGGGGGUCUGCCCUCUCAGAACCAGAACCAAAGCCCAGGCUGGACCUCAGGCCCCGUCCCCCAAGCGCCCGGUGGUCCUUCUGAGGUCCCUGAGCCCAGCGGGUGGGAGGAGCCCUCGCCGCAGUCGCUGAGCCGCAGGAUGGAGAUUGACGACGGCACCUCCGCCUGGGGUGAUCCCAGCCACUACAACUACAAGAGCGUCAACCUUUGGGACAAGAAUGGCGCCACCCCUGGCCUUUCGCAGCCUCUGAAUUCCUCCGCUUCAGCACAGUCCAAUCCUCAGCAGCAGCAGCAGCAGCAGCAGCAGCAGCAGCAGGCAACAGGAAGACCCACCAACCAACCUGCAGUCACAGCCAGCAGGGACUCAAACGCAGGACCCGGCAGGAACUCUGGGAUGGGGUGGGCCAGUGGCGGCACCCCCUCCAGCCCCUCUGUGGACAAUGGUACAGCUGCCUGGGGUAAGCCCACAGAUGCGCCCAGCGGCUGGGGUGACCUUGAGGAUGCUGGGAAGCCCACGGGAUGGGGAAACUCCUCGGCCAGUACCGGUUCAAAGUCUAUGCAAGACGGCUGGGGUGAAGGGGACCGCUCGGUCAGUGCAUCCCGACACUCCAGCUGGGAGGAGGAAGAGGAGCCCGGUGGGGUGUGGAGCAGCACUGGCUCCCAGGGCAGCAACUCUUCGUAUAACUCUGGAGGCUGGGGACAGGGCCACGGGGGCAAGAAGGGCAACAGCAAGGGUGCCCUGAAGGGCGGCAGUGCAGACUCCUGGAUGAACCCCAUGACCAGGCAGUUCUCCAACAUGGGGCUCCUGGGUGAAGAUCCUGGCAGUAGAACCCUUGAUCUUGCCCCAGGACCUCCCCAGGACAAGAAACUGGAUGGGGAGAAGCGAGGGAUGAGUAUGAACGACUACAAUGGAGAGAUGCGCAAAGGUGGGAGAGGAGGUGGUGGAGGAGGGGGGACCGUCUUCCGUUCAUCCAGUUCCAAAGAAGUCGGCCCCAGUGAACCUGGGCCUUAUUAUGAUAAGAUGGGUGGACACAACGUCUUUGGCAGCAGUGGAGGGAUGGCCCAGUCACGAGGGGCACACCAGCCUGGUGUGUCACCUAUAAACCUGUCCCCAGGCAUACGAGCGCAAGUGCCUCAACAGUUCCUGUCACCACAGGUGCCAGGUUCUGUGCUAAAGCAGAUGCCCCCUACUAGCAACAAUGUGGGUGGAGUUGGAGGGAUUGGGAGUGGGGUCUUCCCUGCCCACCUCUCUCCACAGCAUAUUGCCAUGCUCAGCAGCAUCUAUCCCCAUCAGAUCCAGUUCCAGCUAGCCUGUCAGCUCCUGUUGCAGCAGCAAUCGCAACAGCCCCAGCAGCAACAGCAGCAGCAGCAGUUUCUGCAGAACCAGAGGAAGUUCCCGCAGAAUAUACGUCAGCAGCCGGACCCCCAACAGCUGGCCAGGAUCAUGGCUGUUUUCCAGCAGCAGAGGCAGCAGCAGGUCGGGCUUCCCAGUGGCAGCUCCAAACUGUCCCCCUCACAUCUGGGAGGGGGUCAUUCAAAACAGCCAGUGGCUGACUCUCUGCCCCAUCCUGGUCUGGGGGGCUCCUUGGUUGACCAACUCAAUCCAAAAACACAGGGGGGGUACCCUGGAUUUGGCUCGGGAGUAAACAUUCCUGGGAUGGAGAUGGGCUUGAUGGCAGGGGGUUCAGCAGGGGCAAAGGAAGGAGGGCAGCAGUCUCGCUUCAAAUGGAUGAUGGAGGGGCACUCUCCAGCCCCUUCCCCUCCAGAGAGUGGGCUGCACAAGAACGGUCCCAUCUCAGCCCCAGUAAAGCUGAGGGAAAGCUCUCCAUAUUCACAAUUUGAGUCAAUGGGGAAUGAUGGUUUGGCAGUGCCUUCCCAAGGCCCCUCCGAUAACUGGCACCGAACCCCUGGGAAGAUGGGCAACAAGACCGGCACCUCCAGCUGGCCACCAGAGUUCCAGCCCGGAGUGCCCUGGAAGGGAUUCCAGAGCGCCGACCCAGAGUCUGACCCCUACGUGACCCCAGGCAGUGUCCUGGGCUCCUCGGUGGCCUCCAGCCUCAAUGACACAGAGCACCAGUUGCUCCGAGACAACACAGAGCCCAACCCCUCCCUGAACACCUUGCUGCCUUCACAUGGUGCCUGGCCUUACAGUGCCUCCUCAGACAGCCCCCAGAACAGCGCACACAGCCCAGCAAAGUACACUGAAUACAAGCCCAGCUGGCCGCCUGACCCGAUUGGACACAACAAGCUGUGGAAGGCCACUCGCAACAGCUCUCAGCUGCCACGCCCACCGCCCGGACUUACCCACCAGAAGCAGCCGUCUCUAUCCCCGUGGUCGGGUGGAGGCCCCCGACUGGCCAGGGGCUGGGGAGGCUCUAGUGGCAGCCAGGAAACCAGAUAUGGGCCAGGCUCCGCUUGGAGUGACGGCGGGACAUCCAGGAACAGCUGCUGGCUGCUGCUUAGCAACCUGACUCCACAGAUUGAUGGCUCCACUCUGCGUACCAUUUGUAUGCAGCACGGCCCACUGUUGACCUUUCACCUUGGCCUGACACAAGGCAGCGCCCUCAUUCGCUACAACUCCCGACAGGAAGCAGCCAAGGCCCAGAGUGCACUGCACAUGUGCGUGCUGGGCAACACAACGAUCUUGGCUGAGUUUGUAAGCGAGGAGGAAGUCAGUCGGUACUUUGCACAUUCCCAAGUGGGCGGGUCUGGGGGUACCAGUGGAGCUGGAGUGACCACCCCGAGCACUGGAGGAGGCCAGGGGCCACCAGGAACUGGCACAGUGGGGGCCAACAGUGGUGGCAGCAGCUCAGGCAACGACAGGGAGCGGGAAAGGCCUGUGGCUGGAGGAGGAGGGACAGCUGGAGGAAGCAACAGCAGCGGAGGGGGAGUGGGGAGCAUUGGGCCUCCCUGCACCAGUUGGCAGGGUCUGGAUGGAACAGGCAGUUCUCCGGACCCAUCUCCAGCCCAAGGACAGGGGCUAAGCAUGUUCGUCCAGUGGAGCAGCAACGGUGGCGGAGGAGGAGGAGGAGGAGGAGGAGGAGUGGGUGCUGGGGGUGUCGGAAGCAUGGAGCCUGGAAGACAGGUGCUGUGGGGGGGCAUGACCCCAGGAUACCCCAGCAGCAACCUUUGGGGGGCAUCUCCCAUGGAGGACCAGCAUCAGAUGGGCAGCCCAGCAGCACUGCUGCCUGGGGAUCUGCUGGGAGGGGGGACUGACUCAAUAUAAGUGACGCACAACUUUACACACACUCAGACAGCAGCUCUCUUACAUAGACAACGGCAGACAGUUCAUGCCAGGAUGUAUAAACAAAUAGAUAUGCAGAGAGGUGCGUGCGUGCGUACACACUCAUCAUACACAUGGACACACACACACUCUCAUAAAUUCAUACUAUAUUUUUCCUUAAAUGAAGACUUCAGCAUUCAAACUUGAAGAGGUGGAGUACAAUCCAUUGGACUCAAGAGUCACAAGCUCAACUGCAUAACACUGAACUGCUUAGUACUUGUUUCUUAAACUGCAGGAAACCAUGCAAAAACACGCUGACCAAUUGAAAGAUACUGGCAUUCAGCCACUAAAGAAGCAUGGUAUGCAUCGCGUAGAUCUUCAUGAGUGUUGGACAACAUGCAGCGUUAGUAUUGAUGUAACUAUCUGGCAUUCAAACACACACACUCACAUACUCAGAGCCCACACUCUUAACAAUGCUCUGAUAUUUGACAAGCGAACUGCGUUCUUACCAUGCUUUGCGUUUGGUUCAUUUUGGACAGUGAAAUCCUGAAACAUCUGUCUUGUUCCUCUUCCAUAGCUGUCCUCCUGAUUGUUUUUCUUCCUCGGUCGUUCAUUGUUCUUAUGACUAUGAUUGUUUGUUUUAUUUAGAUGUAUGAGAUGUCGUCAGGUUCCACAGGUGUAACGGAAGAAUUAUAACAGGGAAACAGUAUCAGAGUUUGUGUGUUUUGGGAGAAUACGUGAAAAAGAGUAUCAUGAAUGUUUCCGUGAGUGCGUGCGUGCAUGUGAGUGUGUGUGUGUGUGUGUGUGUGUGUGAGAGAGAGAGAGAGAGAGAGCAUAACCACCUGAUUUGGUCAAGAACAUUGGCACUAAUGCAUAUUUUUAUGAGUUGUGUUUUUAGUAGCCUUUAUUGUUUUAUAUUGUUCGAACUGCAAUAAUUAAGUGACUUUCAAAGAAACAACCAACUGACGGCAUACACACUGUGAGAUGCCAAACCUGUCAUACCAAGUCGAAGGGGUUGCGUGAAAACACACCAAGGAGGUGUUUUUAGUUAUGUUGUUGAUGAUGAUCCUUUUAAACUGUCAGGCUUUAACACUCCUGUCUCCUGCUAGGUUGUUGUUUGCAAAUUUUUUGGAAAGAAUUUUUUUUUUUUUAUUUAAAUGAGAGAAAAGUAUAAAAUGAAAGGCCAUGCGUGUUAUGUUGCUUCAGGUGUCGGCCAGGUUUGCAUUCGCAUCUUAUCGCCUCCCUCCCAAGACGAGGCUCACGCCGUUUGUACUGUUCACGUACUCAAAAUGCAUAUACCCAAAAUGUGAUGUCUCAUUUUAAUCUGCUUCCAUGUGUUAAACCUUCAUUUCUAUCAGUCAGUUUAUUUUUCCCUCCCUUUUUUCACAUUUUCGUUGACAAAUACGACCUCAAGGUACGAACGUUUUCCAUGCCACAUGCACAAGUAGCCAUCUGGAGGGGCCAGCAGCCUGCUCUUGUUUCCCUCGUACUGUAUGGCUGACGGGGCCCUUUCAGAGAGUGCAGCGUUAUGUUGCGCGGCCCCUCACUUCGCAGCUUGGUGAACCCUCGUGAGGCUGUCGGAUAACCAGUUCCCACUGCUCUCUUUCCCUCAAAACUGAUUCAGGAAGGGUUUUUUUCCACCCGCUUCUUUCAAGUGCAGAAUACACUUGGCCUCUUUGAACUUCCUCCUCCAGAACUCUAAGGCCCUCAAGUACUGUGUGAGGUCAAGCGGCUGCAUUCAGUUAUCAGUGUUCAGUUAAUUUCUAUUGUUCAUUGUUUGUUUUUUGCUAAGCACAUCGGAGCUAUUAACUGGCCAAGGUGGAACUGCGGCAAAAUGCUGAAUGAACUCAUGAUUCUUUUUUUUGGGACAAGUCACUGGGGUUUAGAUUCCUACAAUUGUAGCUGGAAACUUCUCUGCUGACUUUGAGUUUUUGGUAUUGACAUUAACAUUUUCUACAUUUAAUUUCUGUUUUGUCUUUUUUUAGGUUGCUUUGUCAGGGAAUAGUUUACAGUUGCAUAAAUAUAUACAGAAAACAUACAAAGGUUACUACUGGAGUUCCUCAAUGUGUGAUGCUUAUAUUUUUUUUAAUCAAACAGGGACAUUUUUAUGUCAAUGCUGUGUAUAAGUAUAUAUGUACAAUGUAAUGUACACAAAAGGAACAUUUUUGGGGGGGUUUGUAUGGGAGUGCAGCGCAGACCCCAGUCACCCCGUUCAAAAUCUUUAAUAAACAGCUUGUUUCCAUUCAAGAGCAUGCUGUCCUUUUGUUUGUUUUUUUUUUUUUGUUUUCUUACAGGAUAUGUCACCAGGUUCAUGUUUUCUAUUAAUUGUGUACCAUCUUGGUGGCCUUGUGAAGGUUAGCGCUGUGAUUCUUUUGAAGUGGUCGUCAGGAAUCAUCAGGAUGUUUUGUGUUGUCAGUCAAGUCAUAGGAUUUCUUUCCAGUCAUUCGAUCAUCACUCCAUCAGUCUAUUCCUCCAUCCGUCCAUUCAUCCAUCACUCUUUCAGUCAGCCGAUGCUUUUCUCCAAAAGUGACUUGCAGUGUCAGGUUUGUACCCUAAGCUAC